AUGGAUAAAUCAUCUACAUCAUCAAAAUAUUCUAAUGCAUCAAAUUUAAAUAGAACAACGGAAACUACAAAUAAAAGAUCAUCAUUAUCAUUUUAUUUAUUUGAUUCGAUUUUUUCAAAUUCAGUAACAAAACCUUUGACAACAAAAACAAAAUAUGAACAAUCAUCUACACGUUCUUUUUCAUCAUCAUAUCCACAAUCAUCUUUAAUAUCAAAUAUUCAAUUAUCUGAACAAAAUUGUUCUUCAUAUAAUAAUUAUAAUGUAGUAAAAGAAGAUGAAUAUGUUCAAUUAUUGAAUACGAAACAAGAUAAUCAUUAA